AUGUCUUUCCCAAAGACAUACUUCCUCUGUCCAACAUCUGAAUUCAUCCACCCGCCUCCGACAGGCCCGCUCUGUCUCGGUUCCAUACUCCAGUCGACGUCAGCACCACAAUACCCGCUCAACAGAGGCAGCAUCGUUCCCGUGCCCAACAGAGACCCCGAUGUAGUCGAGACUGAUUGGAAGAAGACGGUUUCGGCCGAGACGGUGCUUGGAAUGGGUGUCUACGCGCAAUUCCUGCAGCUGGCUGUCGGAGGUCUUGGACCUGAAGUCGAUGUUGAACGUUCUCGCCGCACUGUGCAUAGGUUCGCCUUCGAUAGUGUGACAACCUUGUCUUUCGAGCCGUCGUCACAAUAUAUCGAAGAAACGAUCAAAGCGCCUGCUGUGCAAGAGUGGUUGAAGGAACCCAAGCGGCGAUUCACUCCGGGAGUUUCGCUCUUCCUACUUACCGGCUUGAAGCUCGUCAAAGGAGCAAAGAUCAUGUACUCAACUUCAAAGGGCGCGAACGUCUCGGGAAAUAUCGGUAUCAAUGUUCCCUCACUUGGUAUGACCUUUGGUCCAAAGGGACACUGGAGCAGCACCGACGACGAUGAGACGGAGCUGGGCCGAGAAACUGAGUUUGUUUUUGCCUUUCGCGUCAAGAGACUCCGUUUUUGGCGGAAGCUGAAGGUUCAAGACCACACCAAGGGCGCAUUUCUUGCCAUUGGCAAAGACAACCCUGAGGACGAAUCGGUCUGUGUCGAGGAAGUGGAUGGUUCUAACAUCGAGACUGCGAGAUUGGUUCCUGACGAGGCAGAAGUCGGGGGUGUCUACUGCGUCUCUCCCUGA